GCGGCGCGGCGCUGUGCGCAUGCGCGCGGCGCCGGAAGCGCGGGCCGUUCGAGCGCCAUGGCGGGAGCGGCGGGGCCCGGCCCGGCCCCCCCGGGGCCCCGGCACCGGCCUGGGGGGCUCCGGCUGGGCCGCGGGGCCGGGGCAGCGGCCUCGGGCGGGACGAGCCCCGAGAGAGCCGCCGCGGGGAGCCAGGGCUGGCGGAGCGGCAGAUUAUGCCCUGGGUUGUUUCAUGGUGAUUGCAGUGCCCUGUACUUCUCUUCCAGCAGCGAUGACGAAUUUGAAAUGUUUUUAGCUAGACUGAAAACUCCCAAGUCUGUUUCUAAAAAGGCAGAUACAAGUUUGAAAGACUUCAUUGAUGACUCGGAUGAUUUCUUCUUGGACUUGAAGGUGAAAAAGAGUACAACCAAGAGUGCACAGAAAGAUCUUCAGACCCCAAGAAAGCUGACGACUCCUGGAAACAGAAACACCUGCUGCCAAGAAUUGCAGUAUCCAGACACUUCAAGUGACAUUGAAGAUUCUGUCUUUGCAGACAGUCCCUGGCUGAACCACCAAAAAGAGGGAGUGAAAGACUUGAGAGAGAGUCAGAAGUGCAGAAAUCUUUCACCUCCACAAAAUCGGAAAGAGUCAGAUUUCAGAGGCAGUCCAGAUUGGCUUGUUAGAAGGAAAGAAAGAAGCUGUGAAGAUACAGAAAAUAAAUUGCCAGCUGUGGCACUAGGGCAUGGUGCAGGGGUGGAGUCAGAUAGCUCAGAUGAGAGUUUUGGAUCUUUAAUGGAACGGAUAAAGAAGCGAAGUCUGCCCCGCAAACCAGCCCUAAGCACGAGUAAAACUGUCUUUCAGCCCAGCACCACAGAAAACAGCAAGCCACCCUGCAAAGAUGCUCAGCCUGUGAAAGGGGAGGGAGUCAAGACACCAAAGCCAAAAUCCAUUUCACUUCAAGAAACACCUUCCAUGAUAACGACUCCUGCAAGAAUUCCUGGGAAUGAAUCAGUCAGCUGCUCACAGUCAGCAAAGACAGAGAAAAGGCUCAGGGUAUGUACAGUGCCUGGUUGUUUCUUGCAAGAUCUUUCAAAUCCAGCCUCCCACUAUGUGAAGUAUUUCAAGAAAAAUAAAGAGGAGCUGGCCCAGAAGCUCUACAGGCUGUUUAAUAGUACUAUCUUUGAGCAGAAGUUACCAGAGGACAUGGUAAUCACCUGGAAUAAGAAAAUGAGGAAGACAGCAGGGUAUUGUGUAACAGGGCAGAGGGGAGGCCCUGAAGGGAAGCGUUACGCUCGCAUUGAACUCUCUGAGAAAGUCUGUGACUCUGCAGAUCGCCUUCGGGACACGCUGAUCCACGAGGUUUGCCAUGCAGCCACCUGGCUCAUCAACGGCAUCCGCGACGGGCACGGCCGCUUCUGGAGGUUCUACGCCAGCAAAUCAGCUGCCAUCCACCCAGAGCUGCCAGUGGUGACACGGUGCCACAGCUACGAGAUUAAUUACAAGUACACCUAUGAGUGUGUUCGCUGCAAAGCUGCGAUCGGGCGGCACUCGCGGUCCCUGGACACGGCGCGGUUCGUGUGCGCCUUCUGCGGGGGGCAGCUGGCCCUCAGGCAGCCCCCGGCCCGGGGGGGCACCCCUGCCAGGGCACAGCUCACACCCUUCGCCAGGUAUGUGAAGGAGAACUACGCGCUUGCUAAGAGAGAGCAGCACGGGCUGAGUCAUGCUCAGGUCAUGAAGAAACUCAGUGCUGAUUUUGCUGCGAAAACCAAGCUGGAAGAUUCCUUCUGAUAUCUCAAUCCACCUCCUUUCUUGGUGCUACUUAAAUUGUUUAUAGAGAGUAGUAAAAGUUCUGAGCAGCACUAACACAUAGCAUGUCUUCAGUGACUCCAGUAAGGGGUUUAGUUUCAUCUGGGCAGCUGAUACGCUGUGGACUCUGUGUGUGUGCAGAAGAACUGCUCCCUGUGCAUCUGGCUGCAAUUGCCAGAGGCAAGAAAGUCCAGGCCCACCACUAAGUCCUCUGACACUGAAUGACUCCAAGGCAGGAAAAGGGGCAUACCUGAGUUGGGCUUCAAUAUGGGUUCAGAUAUUCUCCCAUGUAGACUUUCCUGAGAAGUCCUUGGCUGAUUUUGUUAAAAUUAAGUGGUAGGUAGAAAGCCCUUUUACCCUCAGUAAGUAGUGUACCUCUAUUAUUGAGAUUUCAUGGAAACUAAAAUAGAUGCAGAAGGUCACGUUGGGGAAAGCAGAUUGAAACACUUUCCUCAAGAAUGAGAAGGUCUUGUCAUGGCUUAAGUCUUUCAUAUAAAAUGCAACUGGGAUGUGUGUUGUAGUGUUUGUGUCUUCUGUAAGCAAAUUGCUCAGGGCCUUAAUAAUUUUGAUAAUAAAUGCCAGUUUGAUACAAACUCUUGGA